AAGAAGAAGCUGGCGAAGAAGAUGAGGCAGAACAUGCCCAUUCCCCAUUGGAUCCGUAUGCGGACCGAUAACACGAUCAGGUACAACGCGAAGCGCAUGCACUGGCUCCAUACCAAGCUGGGUUUUGGAGAGGGCGACUAG